UUUGACAAGUAAAACUCCCAGUGUCGAUUCUCUCGUCAAGUGUUGUCGCGCGUGUUUAUCACUUGGCUGGAGUAUGAGCGGACCGAAGCUACAGCAUCUUCUUGGCACCUCUGUCUUUUCUCUCAUGCUGCUACCUCUGGUGUUGUCUUGUGACAGCAACCGGACUAUGAGAGAGAUCGCUGAGGACUACGAGUCUGUCAUCUCCCUGCUCCUUCAGAACCUUGAGAACAACAUCACUGAAUCAUUAAAAGUGUCUCAUAAAAGCUGCACAGGUGAAAUGCCUGAAUGUGAGAAGGAUAACGAAAGACAGUUUAUUUACAACAUGAUGUGUAGCCAUACCAGACUCAUUAGGCUCUUUAAGCUAGAGAGGCUCAAGAGAGAAAUCCUGUGCUCACUGGGCCGCUACUGUCCUAGAAAACAGAGGAGUUCACAAGGACAGCACACAACCCAUCGGCAUCAGAGGCGAAAGAAGAAGAAGCCAGGAGGGGAAACGGUGGAGGAGAAAGAGAGAACGGAGGAGAACAGAGGGACCACGGAGGGAGGGGAGAGGUUGAACAGUUGGAAACAGCAGGGACGAGAGAGAAAGGAGAGAAGCAGGAGCACAGAGGCCAUGAAAAGUAGGCGGAGACAGUGUGGACUGAAGGUGUUUGUGGACAGCCUGAAGGAGUGCUACAUGUCUCUGGCUGAAAGACAUGGAGACCUGAAGUGAGAGGAGAGAUGCGGCCGAGCUAACCCCACCAAGCAUUUAUUUACCACUUUCUUGCAGGUAUACCCCUUUAUACAUAUCAGUGGGUAACUGGCAAAAUCCGAGGUGUGGAGAGUGUUUUUAAACCAUGGGGGCUGUUUGCAUUUCAAAUUAGGGAGGAGUUAAAUAAUUAAGUGUUAAUUAAUUUACCUGCAAAAGAGCAAAGAGAAACAUUCACACAGAUUCCUGUCUUUUGUUUACAGGCUCUGUUAAAAUGCAGGAACCAUGACUAGGUGUUUAGGUGUUUUUUUAUUUUCCAUGCUUUCUACACCUUUCAUAAGCUAGGUUUCCAUUCAACUGGAGACAGACGUGAAUAGUCUAAAAUGCACGUAACAAAAUAUGCACAUUUUCCCACCUGACAUAUUCCCAUCAAAUUGACUUGUUGCUGAUAAAAGGCUGUGCGUUAGGAUGGAAGGCACAUAAAAAUUACUUUUGUAGUUAAAUUACCAUGUACAAAAUAAAACAUACAAUUAAAUGGGUUUCGAUUGCAUUUUCAACUCUACUGAUGGUUUUGUCACUAAACAUGUUGAGUUAUAUAACGAAUGUACCCACUCAGGUAUUGGCAUGUACGCUCUAUUGCAGUUACAGUGUCUACAUGAUGAAAUUCUUAUUGACAAAAGAGCAUUUUUGUUUGUCAAACGGCAUCCAAGCAUUGAUCAUCAUGUCACCAGUAUAAGACCCUUGAUAUUUAUUGGAAAAGAACAUGAAUCUCAUCACCUUACACUUUCACAACCCUGUAAAGUUCAUCAUAACUUAUUUCAUCUGUAGCCUAAUAAACUACAUGCUUUUUUGAGUCGUAGGAGGAGGACCAAACACCAUGUCAUCACGUGACUCCAAGUUUACUUCCCUAUGAUGGUUAUUAUAUCAAUAUUUGCACAUAAGAGUUUCCACUACCAUUUCUCACAUAAUUAAUUUGACAAACAACGAUCCCAUCUUGUCUAGAGUAUUUUGUUUUGUUGACAUUUGGAAAGUUUACCGACAAAUUAACUGUUUCCAUCAAGCCUGUCUUGACAUUUUUUGUCCGACAUGUGCUUUACUCGCAUAAAAAUGUUACCUGGUUAGAAAAACUAAAAGUGGUAUAAGAAUGCAGGCAUGGUAAAUUAGUGGGAUUUUGGUAUGUGUAUGAAAGGGAUAUUACUGUAAAAUGUAUACAGUUACUGUAAAAAGAAAGUGUAUAGUAAACGUCCUGUAAGGUAGUGUAGUCUGUAUACAGUUACUGUAAAAAGAAAGUGUAUAGUAAACAUCCAUGUCUAGUGA